AUGAUCAAUAACGAUAAAAACAAUCGUAAAUCUUCAUGCAAAAAAAAUAUCGACAUACCAAUUUCCGAAAUCAUUUCGAUUCGAGAGCAGCUCCAAGUAUUUCCGUUACCAUACACUUGCGACGAAUUAUACGAAAAUGGCGAAGAAUUUUUAAAGGGAACAGACGGUGAAACUAAAAGACCACCUAAUUGCUACAUUUUGUUUCGUAAAGUAGCUAAUAUGCGUGCAGAAGCUAUGGGAAUUUCACAUAGUGAUCAACGUUAUUGGUCGGUGGUUACUUCGAAGAUAUGGAAAAUGGCGACCAAAGAGCAAAUGAAUGAAUAUAAGAAGCUUUCGGAGGAUGUUUGCAGCAAACACAAAGCAUUUAAUCCUCAAUAUCGAUUUAAGCCUAAUCGUGCCAAAGCUAAUUGGAAAAAUUUCGAUGCAAAAAAUUAUAUCCAUAAAACUUCUAAAAAGAGAAAGACCGGAAAAAGCCCAGCACAAACCGGUUCUGAUAGUAGAUUAAAUAUCUUUAGUCUGGAAGAAAGCAGUACAAAUUCAUCCACUACUUCGUCGUUUUUAACGUAUUUAUCUACACCGCCGCCGCUUAUGCUUAGUGAGUUGCAUUACGUUUAUGAUGCUUAUGCGAUAGAACAACAACAAUACAACCUGGCUGAUCUUGGCGAUCUAGAAAACUUUCGAUUACAAGAUUGUCCGUGGCAAGAACAAGAUGUUCUUCAAUUCCCAGUGCAGGAAUCUUUGUCUUUUCCCCCAAUGGACAUGAUAUCAUCAUAG